GGGGACAGACAGCCUCAGAGCAAGCGCGACCGCUACAUCUUCAAUUUAGGGCAAAAAACAAACCGUUUUGCCGUUUUUCACCAGAACUUCUGCCUCAGCUCAGCUGCUGCCGGACUAAAUCUGGUGUUUUAUGGUGGUUUAACCAGCCGAGACGACGCCAACGGUGUGUGAGGACAUAUAAAUGUAGUCUAAUCGUUUGUUUGUCAGGUGUGACAGACGAAGCCGAGUCUCAGGGAAGACCACCGGCUACAACUUCUUUGAUUCGUCCCUGAGAUCAAGAACUCCAAACUGGCUGAGAUGGAUGAACAAAGCGUUGAGAGCAUCGCAGAGGUGUUUCGCUGUUUCAUCUGCAUGGAGAAACUGAGGGAUGCUCGUCUGUGCCCACACUGCUCCAAACUCUGCUGCUUCAGCUGCAUACGACGGUGGUUGACGGAGCAGAGAGCCCAGUGUCCACACUGUCGGGCACCACUCCAGCUGAGGGAGCUGGUCAACUGUCGCUGGGCGGAGGAGGUCACCCAGCAGCUGGACACCCUGCAGCUCUGCAGCCUCACCAAGCACGAGGAUAACGACAAGGACAAAUGUGAGAACCACCAUGAGAAGCUGAGUGUUUUCUGUUGGACCUGUAAGAAAUGCAUCUGUCAUCAGUGCGCACUGUGGGGAGGCAUGCAUGGCGGCCACACCUUCAAGCCUUUGGUGGAGAUCUACGAGCAGCACGUGACCAAGGUGAAGGAGGAGGUCGCAAAGCUCCGCCGACGCCUCAUGGAGCUCAUCAGUCUGGUGCAGGAAGUGGAGAGGAACGUGGAGGCUGUCAGGGGAGCAAAAGACGAGAGGGUCAGAGAGAUCCGAAACGCAGUGGAAAUGAUGAUCGCUCGUCUGGACAACCAGCUCAAGAACAAACUCAUCACCCUCAUGGGCCAGAAGACGUCCUUGACCCAGGAGACGGAGCUGCUGGAGUCUCUCCUGCAGGAGGUGGAGCAUCAGCUUCACUCCUGCAGUAAGAGUGAACUGAUCUCGAAGAGCCCAGAGAUCCUGCUCAUGUUCCAGCAGGUUCAUCGGAAACCAAUGCAGUCCUUUGUCACCACGCCGGUCCCUCCAGACUUCACCAGCGAGCUGGUUCCUGCCUAUGACUCCAGCACUUUCGUUCUGGUCAACUUCAGCACCCUGAGGCAGCGAGCUGACCCGGUCUACAGCCCUCCUCUACAGAUAUCUGGACUCUGCUGGAGACUCAAAGUUUACCCAGAUGGAAACGGUGUGGUCCGUGGAAACUACCUGUCUGUGUUCUUGGAGCUGUCUGCUGGACUCCCUGAAACAUCAAAGUAUGAGUACCGUGUUGAGAUGGUCCAUCAGGCCUCCAGUGACCCGACCAAGAACAUCAUCCGGGAGUUUGCCUCUGACUUUGAGGUUGGUGAGUGCUGGGGCUACAACCGCUUCUUCAGACUGGACCUUCUGGCCAGCGAGGGCUACCUGAACAUGCAGACCGACACACUGGUCCUCCGCUACCAGGUCCGCUCACCCACCUUCUUCCAGAAGUGCAGAGAUCAGUACUGGUACAUCAGCCAGCUGGAGUCGGCCCAGAGCGGCUACAUCCAGCAGAUCAACAACCUGAAGGAGAGGUUGGCCAUUGAACUGUUUCGCCGUCAGACAUCACGGAGCUCCUCGCCCCCCGACCUGAGGCUCGCUGCAGGCACCACAGCCUCUGAGAGAGACCCCCGCUCGGUGAAGAGCGACGACGACAUCCAGACCACUCUGACCAACACUAAAAAGGGUGAAGAAGAAGAGAGGACGCAGCACGAUGACUCUAAUGAGCUGUCGGACGGAGACUUAGAGGUGGACUGUCUGACAGAGGAGGAGGUGAACCCGCUGGACGGCAGCAGCACCUCGGGGAGCUCCACAGCCACCAGCAACACCGAGGAGAACGACAUAGAUGAGGAGACCAUGUCGGGAGAGAAUGAUGUAGACUUCAUUGGGAACCUGGAGACAGAAGAAGGAGAGCUUCCUGAUGACUUGGCUGGAGCCACAGGUGGAUCCAGUUCCAGUGUGCGUUCAUUACACCGCAGUGCUGCUGCCGGUCGCAGUGCCAGUGGUAGCGGAGCUGGUGCUGGUGGUGCUGUUGGUCCAGGCAGCAGCAGCCUCCUGGAGAUCGACCCCGUCAUCCUGAUCCAGCUGCUGGAUCUGAAAGAGCGCAGCAGCGUGGAGUCUCUGUGGGGCCUCCAGCCUCGGCCUCCUGUGUCUCUGCUGCACAGCCAAGCUCAUCCUCACUCCAGGAAAGACCGAGAGCGGCGGCCUCAGGUGGUGCGUCGAUCGGCUCCAGACUCGGGGGUCCUGAUCCGCCUCAAGGCUCAGAUGGCUGAGGUUCGCAGCAAGAUGUCUGAUGUCAAGAGUCAAGUGCUGGAGGCUCGGGGGACUGGAGAGCCCAGGCCUGGGCCCUCGGGGGGCUUCAGUGUGGAGGAGGUGCCCUCUCACCACACUGACUCAGAGUUGACAGCUUGUCGUAAGCCCGGUGAGCUGGACCUGCUGGGGAGAGCAGCCGCAGCUCGGUCCAGGCCCUGCCGCCCUGCCAGGAAAUCUCUGUCUCCUGUCCUGGACAGCAGCAGCAGCAGCUCUCUGGUGGUGAAGAGGAGGAGUCCAGAGGAGAUGGAGAAGGACUUAAGAGGAGCCGAUGUGGCCACAGAGCUCAGCCUGCAUCUUAAAGAGGUGCUGGGAGGUGCAGAAGGAGUGCUGAAGGCUGACGGCACCCAGGGCCCCCUUGUGUCUCUCGGCAGCUCCUCGUCAGAGCAGCCCUCCACCUCCAAGCAGCAGUACUCGUCGGAGCAGCAGCUGUAUGGGCCCUCGGGGUCCAGGGACGACAUCUUCUCCUUGGGAGGACCAAGCUACAUGACUGCCAGCAAAAACUGUGGCAGUAGGACCCUGGGGGCGGCCAUGUUGGAGUGUGAAUCUGAAAACUCAGGAAACUCCCAUCAUUCCCUACUGGAGGGACCCUCUGCACAGCCACAGUCAAAUGAGGAUCAGUCGCCGUCUGUCCUGGUGGCAGCAACAAGCAGUGACAGUGACACUGAGGACGAGGCUCUGCAGAGCAACAACUCUCACUAUGACAACCAGACUCCUCCCUGCACAGGAGAGCAGCUUCUGUCUGAUGACAUGAGUCUGCCUGCUGACAGGUGAUUCCCUCUGAAACCCACUGCUUUAUCCUGAAAUGGCCGCACGGCGAUGCAAUAAUGUCCCGGAGACGACACACACAUCGCUCGUUACACACAUCUGUAGAGUAGAAACUGCUCGUUAUGCAUGAAGCCGAAAUGAAGACAAUGCAAAGACUCGCCUGCUUGUCCAGAAACAGAUUUCUCUUUGUGUCUUGAAUAUUUUCAGAUUUGGAAACACUGGUAAUGACGGCCAGUAAUUGGGGUGGUUGUGGUGGUGGGUGACCACGUAACAUGAGUGUCAUUAAUUUUAUGUGAACACAGUGGAGCUAUAAGAACUAAAACUGGGCUUUCACCAUAUUUUUUGACCUCGUGUUUUAACCCUGAUGCGUUUCUUGGUCGUCAUUUUAAAGGGAUAAAUGUACUUUCAGUUCUUUCAUGGUCAGUUUAGUAAACACUUGAGAGGAAAACACGACAGCCACAGCUGUUUGUGCACUGACUGAAUCUCUAAAAAUCUUUAAGGCAUAAAAACUGUUGGUGUACUUUUAUUUUGCAAACCUGAACCAUCACAUUUUACCUGAGCUACAGGGCAUUUAGUCACUUUACUUCACUUUAUUCAGCACAAGUCUGCACACCUUCUCCGUGUAUAAAUGCUUUUGUAAAUCAAGUCUACAAGAUAUUUGCAGGAGCCUGAGGAGAAACUGUACAUAAUCUGCAGCCUGUCAUAAGAGCUUAGUGUUUUAUAACGGCUUGCUGUUGAUGUUUAGUUCAGCCUGUCUGAGCUUUAGUCUCCACACCUACUCGACUUCCUUCACCUGUGUCCCUGCACCUCCGAGCGUCGGUGCCAAACAGACUUUAUUCACUCCUCAAACACUGACUUCUAGUGACACCGCAGCUUUUUAUUUUCCUGAGGUGAACCUCGUUUAGAGCUCGUUUCUGGUAAUUUAUGUAAAUGUCUCUUAAUAACAGCGGCAGCAGCAACCACCAUGUCUGUCUUUAUGUGACAUUUGCAAAGGUUGAAUGAUCACUGAAUCACACGGCUUAUAAAACUGCUGCCGCUGCUCUGAUGAUGUCUGUGGGCUGAAACUUUGAAACAUGCUGCAGAUCUGACUCCGUAACAACGACAGCGACUACUGCUUGGACAUCACUGACUAAAGUGCAGCAUGCUCCAUGGCUUCCACCCACAGAGAGCUGCCUCACUACAGUUUAUACACAACUCACAAUGCAGCCAUUGUUUUCAUUUAAAGGAGCAGUUUGACAUUUUUGGGAAAUAUCUGCUUUCUGUUGGAGAGUUUGAUGAGAAUUCAGCUGCUUAGCUUAGCUUAGCUUAGCUUAGCAUAAAGACUGCUAUCAAAGAGUAGUGCUCUCUUCAGUUGGAAACGUAGAGAUAAGUUGCACCUCAGUCAGUGACGCCAAAACAGCCGUCAAACAAAAUACCUGAAAUAUAACAGCUGACAUUUUGACUUGUCGUUGCAGGAAAAUCACAGGUGUUACUAAUAACAUUAAUGAUGCCUCUGUUCUAUUGAAGUGUCCCAGUAAGCCGCGACAGUCGCCCUUUUUACACAGAGAUGGCACUAUGGAGCCGCUACGAGUCCCGUCUUCAUGCCUCCUUCACAGUUUUACACAGAACCAAAUAAUGGCAGCAUCAUGUCGCUCUAGGGUGUGAUUUUAAGAGAGCAUGCUGGCAUCAUGGAAUCUAAAGAGGUGUGACAUGUAACAACAACGCUGGCCUCUAGUGUGACAUAUAUUAUAGACGUCAGCAGCGUUUUAUACACGAUAACAGUGACACAACAUGGCAGUAACAAUUAUCUACCGUCUGUUAUAUGGCGGCUUAUCUUGUCUUCUACUCGGAGGGUAAGGAGCUCCUGGACCUCAUUGUUGGAAUUUUUUGGAUGCUGCUAGUCUUAAUUGAGUUAGCUGCUAACUGCUACCGCUACUUUUUAAAUCUCCCACAGUGGGUUGAACACUUCAUCAAAACGUCACACCUCUGCUGCCCAUGAUCUUGCCCUGUUAGCUGACAUCAGACAUUGUUUCAGUGCUGUUAAUACUUCCGAUGCCGGCUUAAAGGCAACACAACUCUGACACACACACACACACACACACACACACACACAUACACACACACACACACAAUUCUGUGGUUGUACCUUUUAUACAGAACGGCAAAUCAGCAUUACGGCGUGACAUUCCCUCCUUGAAGAGGCAGUGUGAAAGGGGCUGGUGUGACACUGAUGCAGCUAAAUGGAACUCAGCCAUCAUUAAUGUUAUUACACACACCUGUGCUUUUCCUGCUGUGACAAGUCAACAUGUCCAAUAUCUGGUUUGUAUUUAGUGCUAAAAAAAGGGGUAAAGCCAUCUUUUUAAAGGGAUAGUUCACCCAAAUGACUUCCCUGUGGUGGUAGCUAUUGAUGCAGAUAGUUUUUAUUUGUCCAGGUUUGGAGAUUUCUGCCUCCACACCAGUACAGCAGAGAUAAAUGUCGGGUUUAAAUGAUUGGUUUCAUUAUUGAUGAAUAAUAUACUAAUUAUUUUGUCAUUUAGUCGCAAGGAGUGAUUUUUCUUAUUAAUAUUCUCAAAUAUUGUCUUUUGUCCGAUCAACUGUCCAUAACACAGUUAUUCAAUUAACUGUAAUAGAAAAGUAUGAAUAUAUUCACAUUUCAGAAACUGGAUUUGGACAUUUUUUGCCUUUAAAAAAAGAUUUUAUUGUCAAUAUCCGUUUGGAGAUACUUGGGACUCUCUUCAGUAUUUCCACUAGUAAAACUUGUUGACAGUGUGUCUGUGGAUUACCCAAAGUAGCAGUGUCAUUGUGACAUUGUGGGAUGUUUUUGGUUUAUUUUAGAAUGUCAUCUUUUGUUGUGGGAGUACCACAAAUUAAAUUUAGUCUGGCUUUAUUGUGUUGGUGAGGAGGCAGAAAUUUCAAAGACAAAUAUCUCCAAACUUUCACAAAUGAAAGUAAAAACAUCUGCAGAGUUAUAAACCACAAGACGUCAGAUUGAAAAUGUUUUGUGUUAAUUGGGCGAAUAGACUUCAGGUUGAAACUGUGGUACACUGAAGGUCCUUUUUUUUUAAUUCUCAGAGAACUUGACAGCAAAGGUUUAAAAAUCUGUGUAGUUAUGUAAUGUGUGCUUUGUGCUGCACUGAUGGCUCACUGCUUCACUGGCUUUUCUUCAUGGAUAUAUUAUUUUUCACCUCAAUACUCCCAACAAACGCAGCAAACACAUGUCAGAUGCUGCUGCAAAGCUGGGAGAAAACACAGUGUUUGAGUGGAACAGCGUCACACUGACUCGCUGUGUCAUAUUGUAGAACAGAAGUACGACAUGUCAGCAGUUUAACAGACCUUUCUGCACUUUGUGAGACUGUUGAUUGACUAAGAUCGACAGUGAACCCUCGAUCCACAUUUUAUUUUCAAGGUCACUUAAAGGGUAAGUUGAGUGUUUUUCAACCUUGAACCUAUUUCCCCAUGUUUUUGUGUUUAAGUAACAAAUGGGCACAACAAUAUUUGAAAUAAAUUCACUAUGGAGCAAGGGAAACAGGCUGCAAUGUAACAUUAAGCAAUUGUGCACCGUCAGUUUAUGUCCAUGAAAACUCUUUGUUUUUGUCACUGACAUGCUCAGAUAGUAAUUCUAAAGCCCUGUUUCCACCAAAAUACUUUUGGUCUAGUACCUUUGUAACCAACAGUAACGUUCAGACAGUCCUCUUAAAUGUGGGCGGGGUUGUUGUCACUCACUGCUCCAUCCAGCACUCGCUGUAUUUCCUCAUCAGCGGUGACACAGAUGGAAGUCUGCACCUGGUUUAUCGUCCACAGAACGAGGCUGCACGCCCACAUUUUCAGAACAAAAUAGAACAGGCUGCAGUGAGAGUCUCUCUCCAUGGGAUAUUUAAAAAUAGCAGCUUUGUGCAUUUAGUCCUUCUCAGGCAAGCUCAGGGGUUUAGUGUUGCUGGAGCCCACAGGAACAACGUUCUGUGAUGCUUUUUUUUUUUCUCCGGUUAAGAAUUAGAAUAUUACAAGCAAAGGGCUGGUGUGUUUCCCCUCAUCACCUCUGUUUGCUGCAUGUUAAACACAUUUCUCCCACUGCUGGGGAGACCGAAGCAAACACUGCCAACCAAGUCGCCUCGCAGCCCCCCUCCUCUCUAUGUCUCGUUUUCCAUCCCUUUCUCGGGCGCGUUCUGUCUUUCCCCUGGUUCCCCUGUUUGCUCCCUUGUUCCUGUUACGUCACUUCUCUCUCUCUCAGUCGCAGUACUCCCCUCUUUCCCUCAUUGUUCAGUCCAUUAAAACUCCUGCCGUUUAUGCACAAGAACUGCCAGUUUCAUUAAAAAAAACCAAAUGCAUUAAAUGGCGAGAAUUUAACCUGAUUCAGGUUUAGGGGAAUUGUGAGAAAUUACAACCCAGCCCUAUUCAGAGAUAGACCUUUUUGUUAAAGAGUAAGAUCCUUGUUUUUAAUUAUUUAACCAUAAACAGCCCCAAAAUCACCAUCAACAAACGCACCAGACUACAUUUAAAUAAUAAGAAUUUUAUCAUCAUAAGACACAGUUGAUUCACAGUCAACUAAAACAAAAUAAAACUCAAAGAAACCAUCUUGCUUCAUCUUUCCACUGUUCCAACAAUCUCCAACUCUGGUUUGGUUGAAAUUAACCCUUAAUUCACCCAGUGAGAUGUGAAAACAUGUUGCCUCUAUACACACUAAAAUGACUGUUUACUGAAAUGGAGUCUGGUGGGUUUGGUGAUGGUGAUUUCUGGGAUGUUUCUGGUGAACAAAAAGGAUCUUAGCCUUAAACAAAAAGCUCUAUCACUGUAGGGAUCAUUUCCAUAAUGUUGUCAGACACUUAGAAUAACAAUCUGAGCCUGUCAGUGACAAAAACACUUUAAUUGGAGGAACAUUGACGGUGCAAACAUGCCCAGAGUAGUUACACUGCUGCCGGCUGCAGGGAUCUCGCUCAAUACUGGACAAGUGUUAAAAACUGUCAUUUCCAUUUGUCACUUAAACACAGAAACAUAGGAAAAUAGGAUCCAGGUCAAAAAACAGUGAACGUACCCUUUAAUGUUUGCAUCAAAGAAAUUACAUUGCACACUUCUGCAGUCAUUAGUUUACGUUGUAAAUAUCUUAAGGUGUACUCAGUUGCGGAGCUCGCUGUGCGUGUGCCUGAAAGUGCAUGACUUUACUGGCUGGACCGAAGGAGGAAAAACGUCUUGUUCGCAUUCAUGACAAGACAAACAGAAAUCGUUCACUAGAAUGAAGUGGAUGUUAAGAUGUGUUCACCUCUAAAACUCCAGUCCUGUUAAUCAUGUGAUUUUUGUUCCUGUUGCGUUACACAUUGUACAUGAUGGAAGCUCUCACCGUUUAUUAACCUUCUCUCUUAUUUGUGCUUGUUGUGUCAACAGCUGCUUUAUUAUUUUGAAUGUUCCCAGAAUGCACUGUGCAUUAUUUGAUGUGUACAUUUCCUUAUUGUGUAAUAAAUAAAAUGUUUUACGAUCCUGGAAA